AUGUUUGACAACUUGGUGGAGGCAAUCACGAGAGAUGGAAACGAGGGUAAGAAGAUAAGAGGAACGGUUUUGUUGAUGAAGAAGAGUGUUUUGGACUUCGAUGACUUAAAAGCUUCGGUUCUUGAUAGCCUUCAUGAGUUGCUGGGGAAUAAGGUCUCUCUGCAGCUCAUUAGUGCUGUUAAUGGUGAUCCUGAAAGAGAAUAUAGAGGCAAAAUUGGAAGUCCAGCAUACUUGGAAAACUGGAAUACUACAAAUACACCUUCAGCACCAGGCGUAUCGGCAUUCAAAGUUACCUUUGAUUGGGAGGAGGAGAUAGGAGUUCCAGGUGCAUUCAUCAUCAAGAAUCUUCAUCACAGUGAAUUCUACCUCAAGACACUCACACUCGAAGACUUCCCCGACCGUGGACGCAUUCAUUUUGUUUGCAACUCUUGGGUUUUUCCAGCUGACAAAUACAAAACAGACCGCCUUUUCUUCACAAAUCAGGGGUUCUUUGAUAAUUCUGAACCUUCUAAAAGUGAGAGGUAUGUGUUGUUUCUUGGCACUCUCUUUCUAUAUUAUGCCAACCAAAAGGCAGUAGGAUCAAUUGACGCCCUUAUACAUGGAUCCCGAAUCAAAGAUCUGAUGGUUGAGAGGGUCCGAGUACCUAGAACGACAAUUUAA